AUGCACCUCCAUGGGCGGCUCGGCUGCGAGCACGCGUACCCCGACGAGCUAAAGGACCUCACGCCGCUCGAGGAGAAGCUCAUCUCGCUCAACUCGUGCUACGGCUUCGUGACGAAGUAUAGCAUCCCCGGCGGCCAGAGGCAGAGCGUGCUCCCGCACCCGCUGGUCCGGGUCAUGGACGAGAUCCACGUCUCGUGGCAGGGCGCUGAGAGGCCCGGGCCGCGGGACCUAUCAGGCCUGCUGUCGGUAAGGCGGUCGGCGGUCGAGAGGGCGCUGGCCUGGCUCAAGGAGAACAACCCGCUCUACGGCGAGGUCGAGAUCGACGCGGCGGAGAUAGCCAGCUGGGGCGCCGCCGCACGGACCCCGCCGAGGAGCCGCGACGUCGGGCUCACGUGCGAGGACGACGACAGGGACGGCGCUAGGCCCGAAGAGGACGGGGACGUAAUCAAUGAGGUAACGUCUUCCGGCAUGUUCCCGUUAGAUGGGGCGCCAGAUGUGGCCGACGCCGAGAAGAUUCGCUUCGCCCGCGACGCGGUCGGGCCCGAGGGAGCGCGCGCCAGCCCGAGGACGUGGGUAGGGACGGCGGCCAGAGGGGCGGCGGGCGACGGCGGCGACGGCGAGCCGUACAUACAGGUGCGACGCGGCGAGGAUUUCGCCGACUCGGCGGACGCCUCCUUCUUUGCAAAGGCCUUUCCGACCCUGUUCCCUUUGGGCGCCCAGGCGGAGCGGGUUGCAGAGGGCCUUAUGUCGACGCGGAACAUGAAGCUCCAGGCAUGGGCCGACGUCGUGCUGCGGCGUCACGGCGGCCGGUUCGCGACGCACCCUAUCUUCGCCUUCCUUGUCUUUAACAUGGGCGUGCGGUCUAAGAACCGCCAGGCCAGCAUGCUAGGCGCCGAGCUCGAGGCCACAGCCAAUGUCGAGGAGAGCCGCCUUAUAAAGUUACGGCUAGCGGCGCACCGCGGCCGCGACCCCGACGAGGCCGAGGCCUUCCUAAGUGACCUAGGGACCGCGUAUAAGCGGACGCGGCUGGCCAUAUCGGACCCGAUGAGCUCGGCCGUCUUCUUCCACCGGGAGAUGACGCUCUUCUUCGAGCACUACGUCAACGUCGGGGAGGAGUCGGUGUUCGGCCACGUCGGCGCAUACUACGGGGCGAUAGCGUCUUCUGAGGAGCUAGACGCAGAAGGUUACUGUGCCAUGCAGGCAGAGCGGUCGGCCACGGCGGACAUAUCGUCGCGGCUCGACGACGUCGCGCGCUUCACGGACACCUUCGACGAGGAGGCCAACUUCUGCGCGGGCGCGACGCAGAUCCAUACGCAUAGCGCGACCUGCGCGCCGUGGAGGUUGGUGGAGAGGACGGCGCUGACGGCGGACGGGGUGCUCGAGAUCCGGCGGACGCAUAGCAUGGUGAACCGGUGGAACAGGGCGAUGGCAGUGGGGCUACGACACAACCACGACAUCUCGUUCAUCGCGACGCAGCGCAAGACCAUGGCCCUAAUCUACUAUAUUACUAACUAUGCGACGAAGGUAGAGGACCCGGUGUGGAAGCGUGUGGCCGCCGCGGCCGAGUUCCUUCCUGUGCUAGAGCCGACGGGAGAGGCAACAGAAGUGGCGCCGACCGCGACGCCGGGGAAUAAGACGAGAACGUUCCUGCUUAAGGCGGCGAAUCGAGUCUUUACGGAGCGGCCGCUGUCGCAGGUCGAGGUGAUCGCGCACCUCCUAGGGUACCCGGCGGAGUUUAGCAGCGGCUCAGCGUGGGCGUAUAUAAACGCAAACCAGCUCUACUGGGCCGUCUUCCGCCGGUGGCGGCACCUCCGACGGGCGAGCGGCGCCGAGGCGACGGGCGACGCGCCGGACGAGACGGCGCUUAGGCGGCCGGGUUGCGGGGCGACUGUAUGCGUCGACGGAUACCUCAGCAAGGAGUUCAGCGAGGAAGACGACGAGUCGUGCCACCGGAGGGCGGCGGUGCAGCACCUGGCCCUAUUCGUGCCGUGGGACAACGUGCAGCUCCUCCGGCGGUCGGCGGAGGACGCGAAGCGCGACGCCAAGCAGUGGGCCGCCACGGCCGAGGAGGGCGAGCUGCUAGCGAUGACGCAGCAGCUCUGCCGGUUCCAGCAGUCGGCGCUCGGGUCGGCGGCCGAGCUCGCGGCGACGGUGGUGGCGGACGAGAGGGCAGUCGCAGCAGAGGAGCGCGGCGCGGGGCGGGAGCGGGCGAUCCAGGGCAUCCAGGGCGGCGGGGCGGCGGCGGGCGUCGGGGCCGACCGCGGCGCGGCCCUUCGCGGGGUGAUGGGGGGCUUCGGCGAGGACGACAUCGACGUAACGGCGGCCGACGGCGACGCAGACGCAGGCACGGCGGCGGGGAUGCGCGAGCUGGCGGGCCAGCUCACGCUCAACGAGAAGCAGGCCAUCGCCCUCCUAAUCGUGUGCCGGCAACUCGACCGAAUCCGGCAGGGCGACGACGCAGGCGGCGACGGUGGUGGCCAGCUCUGCCUAUUCAUCGGCGGCGAGGGCGGCACCGGCAAGUCGCGCGUCAUCGAGGCGCUCGUCGAGCUGCUCGCCCGGAGGACCUAUCGAGCCGGGGGCGACGAGGACAUUGACGGCGUACGGCUGGCGGGCCAGGGCGAGCGCUUCGUCGACGGCCGGUCGCGGAUGGACUGGCAGGAGAAGGAGGUGCUGGUGAUCGACGAGGUCAGCAUGCUCGGGGCGCGGACGCUGCACGCCGCCAACGAGCAGCUCUGCCGGCUGCGGGGGUCGGCGCGGGACUUCGGCGGCAUCCCGGUAGUGAUCCUCUGCGGCGACUUCCACCAGUUCCGGCCGGUGCAGGAACGGUCGAUCCUGCUGCCGAGCGCGGCGGUGGCGUGGGACGAGGACGGGGCGUUCGCGGCCGAGCAGCGGCGGCAGCACGACAAGGCGCACGCGCUGUGGCGGCGCUUCACGACGGUCGUCAUGCUAGACGAGCAGAUGCGGGCCGCCGGCGACCCGGAGCUGCGGCGGCUGCUCGGGCGGAUCCGCCGGGGCGAGCAGGACCGGUCGGACCUAGAGCUGCUCAACUCGAGAUGCUACCGGCCGGGCAGGCGGAUCCCGUGGGAGACGGGCCUGACGGUGGUGACGCCGCUCAACCGGAACCGCUGGAACCUCAACCUAGAGGCGGCGCUCGCGUUCCGGGAGAGGCGGCGGACGGCGGCGCGCGUCUUCCUCUCGAGCAUAAGCCAGGGCGACGACAGCGCGACGCCGGUGCCGGCCGUCUUCCUCUUCGUGCCAGGCAUGCCGGUCGUCGUGAACCAGAACACGCACCAGGGGCUAAAGCUUGUGAACGGGGCCGGCGUCAAGAUCACAGCGCAGCGGAAGCGGCCAUGGCAGCGCAACGACGUCAGCCGGAGGGGCCUGCCGUGCGCCGCGGCCUUCGCCUGCACCGACUAUAAGGUGCAGGGCGGGACGCCAGAGCGCGUGGCGCUGGAGCUGCGGGGGGCGAGGAUGACGACGGUCGAGGGGAGGGCGGUGCCGUCGUCGUGCGACCCGUAUAGCCUAUACGUGCAGCUGUCGCGGUGCCCGACGCUCGACGGCAUCAUGCUCGUAUCAGAGGUGCGGAGCGGGACCUAG